AUGCAGCCCGCUGAUGGCACUCUUCAACUGCAUCAGAGAACACACACAGGGGAGAAACCUUUUGAAUGUUCACAAUGUGGAAAGAGAUUCCGUCAGAGUGGCACUCUUCAACUGCAUCAGAGAACGCACACAGGGGAGAAACCUUUUGAAUGCUCAGAGUGUGGAAAGAGAUUCAGUCAGAGUGGCCAUCUUCAACUGCAUCAAAGAAUCCACACAGGGGAGAAACCUUUUGAAUGUUCAGAGUGUGGAAAGAGAUUCGGUCUCAGUGGCACUCUAAAACAGCAUCAGAGAGCCCACACAGGCGAGAAACCUUUUGAAUGCUCAGAGUGUAGAAAGAGAUUCAGUCAUACUAGCCAUCUUCAACUGCAUCAGAGAACCCACACGGGGGAGAAACCAUUUGAAUGCUCAGAGUGUGGGAAGAGAUUCAGUCAGAGUGUCCAUCUUCAACGGCAUCAGAGAACUCACACAGGGGAGAAACCAUUUGAAUGUUCAGAGUGUGGGAAGAGAUAUGGCCUCAGUGGCACUCUAAAACUACAUCAGAGAACCCACACAGGGGAGAAACCUUUUAAAUGCUCAGAGUGUGGGAUGAGAUUCAGUCAUGGUGGCGCUCUAAAAGUACAUCAGAGAACCCACACAGGGGAGAAACCUUUUGAAUGCUCAGAGUGUGGGAAGAGAUUCAGUCAGAAUAGCAAUCUUCAACUGCAUCAGAGAACCCACACAAGGGAGAAACCUUUUGAAUGUUCAGAAUGUGGAAAAAAAUUUAGUGAGAGAGGCACUCUAAAACAGCAUCAGAGAACGCACACAGGGGAGAAACCUUUUGAAUGCUCAGAGUGUGGAAAGAGAUUCCGUCAGAGUGGCCAUCUUCAACAGCAUCAGAGAAUCCAUACAGGGGAGAAACCUUUUAAAUGCUCAGAGUGUGGGACGAGAUUCAGUCAUGGUGGCACUCUAAAACUACAUCAGAGAACCCACACAGGGGAGAAACCUUUUGAAUGCUCAGAGUGUGGAAAGAGAUUCAGUAAUAGUCGCCAUCUUCAACUGCAUCAGAGAACCCACACAGGGGAGAAACCUUUUAAAUGCUCAGAGUGUGGAAAGAGAUUCAGACAGAGUGGCCAUCUUCUUCUGCAUCAGGGAACCCACACAGGGGAGAAGCCUUUUGAAUGUUCAGAGUGUGGGAAGAGAUUUGGUCUCAGUUGUACUCUAAAACUGCAUCAGAGAACCCACACAAGGGAAAAACCUUUUGAAUGUUCAGAGUGUGGAAAGAGAUUCAGUCAGAGUGGCUGUCUUCAGCGGCAUCAGAGAACCCACACAGGGGAGAAACCUUUUGAAUGCUCAGAGUGUGGGAAGAGAUUCAGUUGCAGUAGUUCUCUAAAAGUGCAUCAGAGAACCCACACAGGGGAGAAACCUUUUGAAUGUUCAGAAUGUGGAAAGAGAUUCACUCAGAGUAGUGGUGAUCUUCAACUGCAUCAGAGAACUCACACCGGGGAGAAACCUUUUGAAUGUUCACAGUGUGGAAAGAGAUUCCGUCAGAGAGGCCAUCUUCAACUGCAUCAGAGAACUCACACAGGGGAGAAACCUUUUAAAUGUUCAAAGUGUGGAAAGAGAUUCCGUCAGAGUGCCCAUCUUCAACUGCAUCAGAGAAUCCACACCGGGGAGAAACCUUUUGAAUGCUCAGAGUGUGGAAAGAGAUUCGGUCUCAGUGGCACUCUAAAACAGCAUCAGAGAACCCACACGGGAGAAACCUUUUGAAUGCUCAGAGUGUAGAAAGAGAUUCAGUCAUACUAGCCAUCUUCAGCUGCAUCAGAGAACCCACACAGGGGAGAAACCUUUUGAAUGCUCAGAGUGUGGGAAGAGAUUCAUUCUGACUAUCCA